AGGAGGGGUGCUCAUUUGGCAAGAAUGCCAUUCUUUUCCUGAACGUUCGAGUUCAUAAAGGCGGGAACGAAUCAGCAUCAGCUAAUCUUCCAUGGCAGAAUCCAAAAUGUCUUCUCUUGAUACUAGCUCAAGAUUGCUUAGUGAACUUGAAGCAAUGGGUUUUCCACUGGAUCAAGUUAUGAAGGCCCUUCAACAUUCUGGUAAUUCCAACAUUUCUGCUGCUGUGAGUUGGCUGCUUGACCAUGGGAUUGAUCCCAUCGCGAAUGAAACUCCCAUGAAUAACCAGGAUUUUAUUGACAUUGAUAUUGAUGCCUCUGAACCUUCAUAUGGGUCUGAACAAGUCAUGUUAAAAACCAAAGAAAUAAGGGAACAAGCACACACAAAGAAAGAAGAACAUGAAAAUAAAUGGGAGGUAGAGAAGGAGAAGGAGCGGAUCAGAGCAGGCAAGGAGCUGCUGGAGGCCAAGCAAAUUCAAGAAGAUAAUGAAAGAAAACGCUUCAUCCUAAAACGGAAAGCGGAGAAAGGGGAACAAAACAAAGAAAGAAUUAAGAUUCGCAAGAAACUGCAACAAGAUGAGUUGGAAAGGAGGGGGCAGGGAUUACCACUUGAGGACCUUUCAUUACUGACUAUUAUUGAAUCUUCUGUGCAAGAAAUAAAGGAUCCAUUGCCCAUUGCUGCUGUUAAGAUUUCUGGUACUGCUAAAGAUGCAGAACAAAUGAGAAACUCUUUAAUAUCUCUCAAACGCAUCCACAAGGAUGAUACCAGAGCAAGAACAGCUUUCUGGACGCUUCUGACUUAUGUUCGAAAUGUUGUCAAUAAUCCUGAUGAAGCAAGGUUCAGGAAGAUCCGUAUUGGUAAUCCUGUCUUCCAGGCUAGAAUUGGGAACGCUGUAACAUUGGGCAUUGAAUUUCUGGAACUUUGUGGAUUUGAGAGGACAAAAGACGACAAAUUCCUUUUUCUUGAUGACCAAAAGGUUGACAUGAAGAAACUAAGCAUGGGUGAAGCUGUUUUAAACUCGGCUAUAACAAACCCGUUCUUUGGACUUGUGUCUAGAUGAUGAACUUGAAAGAAAAACGUGGAAAUAUUUGUAUAUAUGGAUUGCUUGGGCAACUUCAUUAGCAUAAUUAUACUCAGAAAUAGAUUGUUUCAUUUAGAAC